AUGUCUUCGGCCGGAGAAAGACAACAGAAACGAAAUCAGAAAGCAUGCACGACGUGUCGUCAAGUGAAGUUAAGAUGUGACAGCCAUGAACGUUUCCCAGCUCCAUGCACCAGAUGCCUGAAGAAGAAUAUCCAAUGUCGUAUAGAUCCGGACUUCAAGCGAACUCGAACUAGGAACCGCUUAGAUGAAGUUACUAAUCAGCUCAAUGCCAUUCAGAAGACCCUUGCCGACCAGUCUCAACGAGGGCCUGCGUCAGUACCGGAUAGUUCAACACUUGGACCAUCUCUUGCAGUGGAGACCACCAAUUUUAAUGAGGUAGAUCACACUUUCUAUCAGUACAGCAACAUUGAUGAUCUCCCGGACUCACCUCUGAUCCUCAACCUUGCAUCUUUGGAGGCUGAUCACGUGAAAAGUCUAUUUUCUCACUUUGAAAAGUACUACUAUCGACACUGCCCAAUACUUGAUACAUCCAUGUCUUUCUCGUCAUUACAUCAAUCAUCGCCAAUCCUGUUCUGGACAAUCAUCAUAAUCUCCAGUCGUUGGCACCCUACUCUCCAUGUCCAGUACAAUCUCUUUCUUGAACCAUAUCGGCAUCUUCUUGGACAAAUGCUAGUCAAUCAAAUUUUCUUUCUGGAAACCAUUCAAGCUCUGACGCUUCUUUCUUUCUGGCCACUUGCCGUUCCACGCCAAGUUGAAGAUCCAAGCUGGAAUUACUGUGGCCUCAUCACAAACGCCGCUCGCAAACUGGGACUCGACAAAGCCCGACCAAGUUCUUCUGACUCCACCUCGGUAACAAAACAUAAAACCUGGGUUGCCAUCGUACAGGCAAACUGCUCCCAUGGGUGGACGUCUGGCGUGACAGUUUCCGCGGAAUUGCUCAGCUCUGUUGGAUCUACUUCACCUAAUUGCGCCGCAACAGCCGAGAUGGAAUUCUUCCUGAAAGCUGAAAUACUGAGGAAGCUCGCGCGAUACUCUUCCAUGAUCAUCAACUUCAAAGCAGACAUGGACUCGUUGCCAUUUGUGCAAGGCUUGUGUACGGAUCUCGAGAACUCAAAAGACGGCUAUGAAGAGUACUGUUCCAUGGAGACCGACAUUGUUAUUCUUGGAGCACAACUGUGCAUCUAUGCACUACACAUCGACCAAGAGAGGAGAAUGUCGUCUGUUCCUACCAGCAGCCGAACUUCGCUUAAAGACAAAUUCACAGCGAGGCGUGAUUGCAUCAAUCUAGCCUACAUGACCGCAGCCAAACUUGUUCAUCAUUUCUCGGAAAUGGUUGGAAACAAUGUCGGCUCUGUCAACGAACACGAUCAAGCCUCAAUGACUCUGCAGCGAUACCUCCCCAAGCAUUAUUUUGGACUUCUUUUACUGUCUAUGGUAUUCAUAUAUCGAACGAAGCUACUGCAAGCCUCUAGUACGAAAAGUCUUCCAUCAAACCCAGAAGCGCAUGUUAGCCAAGUCUACCAGCUACUCAUUUCAUGGUCUCGGGAGCCUCUCGAUGAACCUGCACGAGCAGCGAGGGUCAUUCGUGUUAUGCUUGGAGCUGAGACACAAGGCCAACUCAAAAUACAAGAUUCUAAUGGUGAAGGAAGACCUGGUAUUUCCUUCUUGGACGAGAUUAUAAAUACAGCACGAGAAAUCCGUCAGCGUGAAGAAACAGGUGUAGAAGUGCUUCCUAGUGAAUCUGGGAAUGUAACUCUACCUGGAUCGGAAACUUAUCCUACCAUGCCUGAUUUUCAGAGUCUUCCACUUGAAUCAAUUCAUGAUCCUUCUCUGGAGUGGAGCUUUCCAUGGGGCCUGGACCUUUUGUCUACGGAGCAGUACAAUUUUGACAUCAACAAUUUUUACAACGGAUUUAGCUGA